UUUUUCCUUUCCACAAACAUCCAAUUUAUCAAUAGCUUUGGUGCAUCGAUAUCUCUAGAAGCAUAAAUCCGAAAGCAUAAGAUCGGAUCCCGGGGUGAGCGCAUACAUCGUACCCACCGGCAAACACACAGCACUGCAAUAACAUGAUUCAACUGUUGGACCGCGUGCUGAGCUUCAUAAACUACUGGUGGUUUCGGUACUUGAUGAUAACGGAGCUGUACAUGGUGGAAAGCUGGGAACGAGUCACGAUACAUGUUUUUCUGUUCGCAAUAUUCCUCGUUCAAUGGUAUUUCAACUGCAAGGUAGUUCUUCCCUUUACCGGGAGCCUACUUGGCAUUCAACCGGUGGGUCAGCCGACAGGUUCGUUACCACUCUCUUGAAGCAGCA